UCUCGUAGGUCAGCAUUUAAAUUAACAUCACAGGGCAUGAAUUUACAGCUUCAAAAUACACCCAACAUUUUUAGAAGACGUGCACCACUCCAUUUAUCAACUGGUUCGACACAUUUGAUCUCCUUUUAUCACGGGUUACCUUGCUGGUUGGGAUUUGCACACGAUUUGCACACGUCCGUUUGCCUAAAUUUAAACCACCGUGUGCAAAACAAACAAUACCAAAUGCAGAGAAGUGCUGCCAUACAUAUAUUAAUUAACAGUCGCAUAUCUCAUGGUUGGAAUGCAGAAUCGAUAUCAUUGUCGAUAUUUGUAUUUUACUUACUGUAGCAUUGAUCUCCUCUUAGCAAUUGUUGACAAACUUGACUGAUGGGCUUUGCACACGUUCACUUUAACCACGGUGCACAUCUUUCUAUUCUUAACCAGCAUUGACAUUGACAUUGAUUGACCACGAACCAAGUCACGUAAACUGUUUGCGCAAUCAGUAUCACGUAUUGUGGACAUGAAUAAAGAACUCGGUAUAAAAGUCACCACUCAAACCGUGCCAAAAUUACUUGGUCUCUGCGACUUGAACACAAUGUACCAAAUAUUGUCCUUUAUUCUAGCCUUCGCCGUCGGGGUGGUAGUUCCUCACGGUGGAAUGAUCGACCCGCCGGGGAGGAACUACAUGUACCACGCAGGCUUCGAAGGAACCCCACCAAACUGGAAUUGGCAAGCUGUCUGGUGUAACGACGUUCCUCAAGCAAUCGACGUCCCGGAAUCUACUUGUGGCAUGUGUGGCGACGUUCCUAGCGAUCCUGCCCCCAGAGAGAAUGAGAAUGGAGGCUAUUAUGGGAAAGCAACCGUUGGCAAGAACUAUACCGCUGGCUCUAUUAUCGAUGUUCGAACCGAAUUCGGCGCUGCUCACUACGGAUACAUGGAGUUUCACUUGUGCCAAACUAGCAUCGAGUCGCCAGGUUGUUUCCAGAAACUUGCAAUUGUUGGAGGAAGUGAAGACAUCAUUCCAGAAGAAAGAAUGUGCGUCCCAUACCCAAACAGCGAAACUAGAAUACUCACCGCCAGACUUCAACUUCCAGCUGGGGUGCGAUGUAACCGAUGCACGUUAAGAUGGACGUAUCGAACAGCUUACCCGGGAUGGGGAGGUUGGCAUGAGUGUGCCGUUAAUCCCAACCCAGCCCAAGUGUUCAGGAAUUGUGCUGACAUUAGCAUCCAGUGAAAAUAGUGGUUAAUUGGUUAAACUCUUACUGCUUACAAGGCGAGAUGAAAUAAUAUGUGAAUGUAUAUAUAUGAAGUAAAUUUAGUAUGUUAUUUACGUCAAUGUGAAAUAUGGUUGUGCCAAAUCUUACGAACCGCAAUUGUUAAAACAAAAUUUUCAAAAUUAAAUUAAAUCAAAAUCAAAUAUA